UUGUAACUAUUUUCACAUCCCCUUUUUUCAAGUCGCUCCUUCUGCCAUUCGGAGAUUAUAUGCCUUUCAUGUUUUGUGCCGAGCUCACGGUGUUGGGGACACCGCCAAAUUGUUCUGUCAGACCCAGACCCUCCGCAUGCAGGGCAAUCCCCUGUAUAGCUUUGCUGCUCACCCGAAAUAUCCUACCACCUUCCUUUCCUCUCUGAAUUCUUUCGAUAAGGGUUUCCUGAAGCAUUAUUGUUAUGUGCGCACCCUUUUCGGCACCUGGCGCGACUAUCACGUUUCGGAACUAGAAUGGCAUACAAGUCGCACUACUUAUAAGCCAGCCUCUCCCGAAGUCCCCUCCACUCGCGACCUGAGUAUUAUAGCUCAUCUUAAUGCUAUGAAUAAGGCCCAACCUCUAGACUGUAGGUAUCUGGCCGAGAACAACUCCUCUCUGGCAUAUAAUGGUCUGUUUCCCCUGUAUCCAGCGAGAUCAAUAGGUAAAAAAUAUACAUUAGAAAACACAUUAGCUUUUGUUACCCUGCUUUUAAUGUUGUGAAAUUUUGGUUUGCAGAUAUGUCUUGGAGAUCGAAAUGUGGGGACAAUUUGCCUGACACCCCUUCUCUUGCUGGCCACGGAGCACAUGGCUCGGGCGGUUCUGCUUCCGGAACAAGUCCCUCGGAGCAACCUGCUGGGUCCGAACUGAUCCCUAUUCCCCCUGUAGUUGAGAUCCCAGAGAGAAAUGUGGAAGCUUCGCGCCCCUUUGAUGCGGAGGAAGUUGAUGCGGGGGCCCUUGUUCGCAGGGGUAGACACUCCAGCGUUGGUGAUGUCACUGGCACCCGUGAAGAAGAUAUCCAAGUCGUGGAUAUUACUGAUGAGGUUCCUUCGCCUGAUUCGGCUCCCGAUGCUACCCUUGCCGACCUUACGAAGAAGAGGAAGAGAGGUUCCCUGAUCUCUGUGGGUGAGAAGGAGAGGCAGGAGGGCCUAAAAAAGGUUGGCAAGUCCUCAGAGCCAGCGAGGAGGUCUGCUGGUGGUGUGAAGAUUCUCCCUCCUACUGGGGACAAGGGCAAAGGGCCAGCGAAGAAGUCAGCUGGUAGUUCCAAGGCUCUCCCCUCUGCCGGUGGAAAGGGUAAGGGCAAAGCUGUGGUGCCCUCGGCUGACGAACCAGAGGAUCUUGUUCCUGGGCCGAUUUCGAGUCUGUCGGGGCAGAAAUUAAUUGAUGCUUUGAUAGCUCGUGUCCAUUCUCAGGAUCAGGAAAAGAUGGAGGCGCUGACGCGCGGGGCUUUGGCUACUAAGUUGUGCCAGCUGGCUCUUCAGAUGGAAUCCGGGAUCUGGGGAGCUGUCAAGUGUAUUCAUGAUUAUGAUGUGUCUGAAAAAGAGAGAGAGAAAGAGCAAGCGGACGUCGCUAAAAGCGAUGAUGAUGUUGCUGGAGUUGUGGAGCGCCUAAGCAAGGCUGAAGCGGAGGUUAUUGAGUUGAAAGCUAAAUUAGCUCAGAUGGAGGUGGAGAAGGCGUCCUUGGCCUCCGAAUUGUCGAGGGCCACAAAAGAGGGCCAUGAAUGCCUGGCCAGGUUUAAAGCUGGUUAUGAAAGAGACUACGAAGAAGCCAGGCGGGGCUGGAAAAGGAUACUUGUGGAAGCUCAGAACCGUGCGUACGUCCUGGGGGCUCGAGAUCAACGCCUGGAGUACUUCUUGUCUCCGCGAGGCCAACACUUCCUGGGGGUGAUGCUGGAAGGCACUCUGGAGUCUUUCAAAAAGACUCCCGAAUACUUGGAAGAUUUCGGACCUCUUUUUGCUUAUGAAGCUGCCAAGUUGUUGGAUUUGGGAGUGCGUCUUCCCCAACCGGUGGAGACUGGUCCGUUGCCCGUGUUCACAGAGAAGACCGUUUCUGGCCAUGCCUCUCCAAGUGGUGCCCCUUCCCCAAUUCCAUCUGCUUCUGCCCCUGUCUCCUCUGCUGUUGCCCCAGCUGUCUCUGUUCCUCCCUCUUGA